UUAAUGAUUCAUUGUUAAAAGGCAACAACACCAUUUUAGAGCAGUUGGUAGGGUCCAACGUCCUCUGAGAGCCAGUGAGCAAGAGAAGUAGAAGGCCAAGACUAGGAAGUAUGGUGAACUUUGCUGCCCUGAUGCGUGACCAUUGGGUUAACAUAUUUGUCCCCCUUGGCUUUGUGAUCGGGAUCUACAUGGACAGAGCACAGGACCAGAAGCUGACCGCUUUCAGGAACAAAAGCGCAUUGUACAGCAGGGAGCUGAAGCCUGGCGAGGAAGUCACCUGGAAGUAGACCCACCUGUCGUGGAAUAUUUAUUGUGCGUUAGUCACAUCUCCUGUUGUGUGAUUUACAUUUUCUGGAUGGUCUUCAAAUCAAGCACCCUGAUACGUUUCAGUCACUGUAUCAACCAAUAAACAUGUCCCGUUGUCAUCUUAA